CCCAUCAUUGGGUCGAUCUAGUCAAGGAACGAACAACGUUGUUCCGAUUUCUUCCGAAGGUUCGCACCCCUAAAAAAUAAAAACAGUAGUACGGUAGGUCUGUCCUUGARGUACGGACUCGUACUAAGUACACGUACCUGUCUGGAGCCAAGACGGCAGAACAAGUUCUUUUUCGGAAAAUAUCAAUGUAGUUCUCGGCACACCUUUUUCACUUUCUUCCAGAAGAUUCACGUUUCAGAAUUUUGGGAAUACACAAACUGCACGCCGGAACGUCCAAUACCGGUACUGGUGGGUAGGACGGAUUGCAUGCGUUAGGAGUAGGAGUAGGAGGAUUUCCCAUCUGCUCGUUUUGGCACUGCGACCAACCAACUGCAGGAUUUUGGUCUUUCGCAGUCGGACCUGGUCCUUUCGCCAAUCAACCAAAAACAAACACAAAAAAYGAUUUGCCGACAGCCGGCGACUGUGCAUUCCUUCCUCCCCUUCGAGAACAAUCCGUGUCAGUGACCGCUCGAUUUUUCGUCCAGACAGCUGCGUCGUUGUUGUGCAAGGUUGUAUUGGUGGUGGUGUUCCCGCUGGUAGUCUGUCGGACAAAUCAACCAACCGAUCAACCAACCGAUCAACCAACCGAUCAACCAACCGACCGAUCAACCAAUCGAUCGAUCAAUCAACUCACCGCCUGCCGCACAAGACGACGCUCUGUUUCCUUCCGCUCUGGGCCCCAACCCAUCGACGAGGAAAAGACGCCAAACUCCGCACAACUCCAAAACCCGUGCGGUCGCAAACACCYGCAACGAACAAGCGAAUUGAAUCAAUCCUGCCGACAGACACCGUGCCACCAACCAUUUGCCCACCCUCAAAACCGAAGAUGCUCUUUUCCCCUUGUUUCCCAACGGCGGAACCCGGAACGGCGGCCAAGCGCCCGGAGGUUUCCUCUUCCUCGUACCACCMCAUGGACUCUUCCACCGUCUCGCUGUCGGCCUCGUCGUCGACCUCGUCCGCAAUGUGCUACGGGACGAUCGACGAGGAGGACGAAUACGAGGACGUCGAGGAGCUCCUCGACGGGUCGGAGCGCGAGGACGCGAUGGAGGCCUGCGAGCGCCUCGGGGCAAACGGCGACAAAGACGCCACCAGCGUGGCUCCACCCCCCCGGAGGUCGUCGCUGCUGGACUACGUGGACCCGACGCGGAACCCGACGCUGAUGGUGGACGUGGAAAAGUGCCGGAGGUACAUCUACGUUGCGGUCAUCGUUUCGACCAUGGUCGUCAUCCUCUUUGGGGUGGUCCGGGGGCCCUCCGAUUCCCUMGGGGGAAAAGGCGUUCGCGGUGCCCAGGGGUGAACCGUUCUUUGAACCGAGAGACCGUCCGGGAAAGACCGAACCAAACCAAACCAAAACCCACCGGGCCAUAGCGGUGCAGAGCAAUGGCAACCGCGRCCAUCGAUCCGAUCGCUCCAUGGAGCGAGUGGCAACAAACGCAGAACGCAAAAGGAGGACCGGGUGUCUGGACUCCGACCCGUCCUAUUGGCGRCGUGUCGGUUUCGCUUMGUUCAUGGAACCAUGCAGCUCGAAYGCGAGACGAAGYGGAGCCAAACCGGACCGAUCCGAACAACACGCCACGGGACACCAAGACGCGGCUGGCGGUAUUCGAGAGCGUUUUGCGAAGGGAUUCCGCGGCACCAACGCGAGACGAGACGAGACGAAACGAAACGGAAGCAAUUUUAGCCACACCCGACGGAACACAAAGACGCGGUUCGCAAUAUUCGGAAGAAGCCAGAUCCACGCCAGCGAACAACGACGCACUACCGAAGCCAAAGCCACAUCCAUGCUGCAACCGUUACAAACCUAGAAUAACAAAAGGCACAACCAUAAUGCAAUCGACAAAAAAGACGAAUAACAUACCGGACAAAGACAUUGGAAAGAAACAUCCUAGCUAAUCAAGGAGCUCGUUCUUGUUGCUUUGCUGCUUUAGAAUUGAGUUGAGUUGCGCUGUGCUGUGCUGCCUUACCUUGCCUCGCAUCUGAUCGCGCGAGCAAAACCAGCCCACCUAUCACCCCAACCCAUCCGGUGCCGUUUCGUUUCCUUCGUAAUGGGUAGUCUCUGUCGUUCGUUCGUUCGACACCACUACUAGCAUCUCUCCCCCCCCUCCGUGCGUUUCGU